CACUGCCCUCUUGGUCAUGCACCCAUCCUGCCGAAGGGUGCUUGGCCUCAUGAAACGAGCCCAGAGCUCUCUUCGCUCUCCCCUUCCCUAGUUGGCAACAGAGCAGGAGUAUCCUGGGCUGCCUGAACCAUGCUGAGUCUCUGCUGUUCUCAGAUUGUGCUUCUCCUCCUAUUGCUGAGAGGUGCUGAAAACCAUUCUGCUCAAAAAGCCUGUGGCUUUCCCCACGUGUUCUCCCCUCGGAUCAUCGGGGGCAAGAAGGCCGAGGAAGGGGAAUGGCCGUGGCAAGUCAGCAUCCGAAGGAACAGGUUACACAUAUGUGGCGGAAGCUUGAUUUCAUCGCAGUGGGUGCUGACAGCUGCUCAUUGCUUCGAAGGGGUGCUGAAUCUACACGAGUACCAAAUCAACCUGGGGGAAUAUGAUCUGCCCAAACCCGUGCCCAGCAUGGUCUCAUCUGCUGUCAACCAGAUCAUAGUGCAUCCAUAUUUUGCUGGAGAUGGGCUGAGUGCCGAUAUUGCACUGGUGAGGUUGGAGGAGCCGGUAAAUUUCUCCCGAACCAUCUUGCCUGUUUGCCUGCCAAAUAGUUCCGACCCUGACAUCUUCCCGGUGGGGAUGGCAUGCUGGGUGACUGGCUGGGGCCAGAUCUCUCCGGAUGUUAACAUGGUGGCUCGGACUCUGCAAGAACUGGAAGUGCUGAUAAUAGAUGUGGAGGCAUGUAAUGAAAUGUACCACAAUGAAAGCGACAGCUACGCUAUGCCAGAGGGCUACAGGCUGAUCUACAAAGACAUGAUCUGCGCUGGGUAUCCAGAGGGAAAGAAGGACACUUGUCAGGGUGACUCUGGGGGACCCCUGGUCUGCGAGUUGAAUGGCACUUGGUACCUGGCUGGAGUAGUGAGUUUUGGGUUUGAAUGUGCCAAGCCAAGUCGACCUGGAAUCUACACCCGGGUCACCUCCUUCAUGAAUUGGAUUCAGCACACGAUGGAGCAGAAUGUAGCCCCCAGUGGUCGUGCAAUUUCUGAUACCCUCUUGCUCCUUCUCCUGGCCUUGACCAAUGUCCUUUUGUGACCCACAUUAGCCUCACUGAACUGCACCAUCCUGGUGCAGAAUGAGCUGUCCUCCUCAGUUUCAAGAUGGAUCAAUGUCUGCGAGAGCUUUGGAGGGACAAAUAUUGAUCUUUGUAGGCUGAGCUUUAAGUAGGCAACGUUCAAAAGAGCUUCGGCACCGUCUGAAAGAUCUCUGCCAUCUUUAUCAAUAGCACUGGUUGUUCAAUAGCUAGUUGUGAUGUAGUGGUAACAUUUGAAGUGCGGGUGCUCAUCAUGACAAUCCCCAUAGCCAUGCCCCCAAGGCGGGUCCAGAAAUUCAGGUGUUGAUC